UCAUUCAGCUGCGCCAGCGCGUCAUUUGCUGCAACGCAAUCCCAGCCAUCCCUGAUGCCUGUAUUCCCGUUAUUCCCGGUACCGUUAUUUCUCAUAUGAGCCGUGUGUGGGACUGAUCUGAAGUUGCCGUAACUGCUGAUACCGAUGGACAGACGAAUGAUCUGAGAUCAGUGACGCGCUGCAGGGUGUGCAGCAUUGGUGGACAGAGGUUUGGAUGUAGCAAUGGUGCUGGAUCUGGGUGAGAACUGCAUGGAGCAGGCUAAUGGAGGUGGGCUCUCAAAAAAUGUGUCAGAAAUGUUAGAACCAGAGCCCACCACAGAGAAACCCAAACCAGUGAGAGCCAGAACCAACAGCAUCACCCAAAGAGACAAACUUACCCCUAAUGGGCCUUAUGCUGAAGCUGAUAACAGCACCCAAAUACACCGAAGGUCCCAGGACCUGGAGUGUCGGAAAAAGGGAGAAACCUCGCAGCCGGGGCCACCUGGCAGACGGGCACCAUGCCAAAGGCCACUCAGUCUGGAGAUCAAACCUCAGCGGGUUCGAGCAACACAGCAGCCGGUAAAGAAGCCCCCGUGGCGCAGUGGUGGCCCCGCCCCUCCCGUGAGAAGUCUGACGAGUUUGAGUUUGGGUCCGGGAAACUGGCUUCGCAGGAGCGAGAGCACCUGCACUAUGAUCUCCCCGACACCUCCACGAGGUCGAAUGCGGCCCGCCACCUCCUUGCCACACAUCGGGAGGGGUACGGGACCUCUGCCUUCACCGUCGACCCCUCGCGGCCCGUGUUUGCUCGUUGCGCUCCGUCCCAUAAACCUGGAACAGGAACGUCAGACCUUUUUUGAUUCUAAUUAUGAGUAUGAACCACAGUUUGAGUACACCGCCCCGGAGCCAGUUAGUGUUUUGGAGAAGUACAAAGAAGGAUCUAGUCUCUUUCUCACACAGGCAGUUGGAAUCAUGGAGUGUGUCUUGAGGAAGUAUGGCACCUAUGAAAACUUUCAAGAGGUAACAGGGGGAAGCAUGCUCCCGAAAAGUCAAGUUUGGGCAGCCACUCGCAAAUACCUACAGAAGGAAGGCUGUGUCGGUGAGGUGGUUGUAUGUCUCUCUGAUGAGCUUCUGUCCCAGGCUGUCAUGAUGGUAGAGAAGUGUCGACCGACACUAACUAUCAACUUGUCAGGUGCACGCCAACACUGGCUGGAGGGCAUGCUGAGACACGAGAUUGGCACGCAUUACUUGCGGGGUGUGAAUAACAGCUUGCAGCCGUGGGCCACUUCUGUUGGAAGAAAGCAGUUUGGACUGAAACCAGCUAAUCCUACCGAAGAGGGUCUCGCCAGUCUUCACAGCGUGUUGCUACGGAAACAGCCUUUCCUAUGGCGAGCCGCUCUGCUUUACUAUACCGUAUACCACGCUACCAACAUGAGCUUCAGCCAACUCUUCAGACAUAUCGCACCCUUUGUCCAAGAUCCUGCUGUGCGUUGGGAAUACUGCCUUCGUGCCAAGCGAGGACAAACAGAUACCUCGAAACCAGGUUGCUUCAGCAAAGAUCAGGUUUACCUUGAUGGAAUCCUAAGGCUUUUACGCCACAGAAGAAAUAUUGAUUUUAAGAUUUUAACCUCACUUGGAAAGGUGUCCUAUGAAGACGUAGAGAGACUUCGUCAUUUAGCUGUUCUCAAGAGAACGAGGAUUCCUCACUUUAUGCAGGAUGAGGAACGUUAUCUUCAACACCUCGAUCAUAUUGUUACAGUGAAUGAACUGAAUGACGCAGAACUUCAGGAGCUCAUUCCAUGAAGAUCAAAAGCUUCAAAAAGCCAUUGUUGCAAAAACAUCAUAACCAUUUUUUUUUUCAAAGCCAUAAACUGUCAAAGACUGGGAUCAUGUGACAUUAUCAUGUUUUAGCAUAUCAUCAUUAACCAUACGGCAUGGUUGUGUCCAUCAGUGGAUGUAGUCGGUUGUCAUAUUAAGUGCCAUAAUAUCCAGCAGGUCUGUUUACAAAAAAGAUUGUCUGUUUUGUAAAACCACAUUACUCGCAGGCAUGUUUGGAAUAGCGUACUACUAUUAUUGCUUCUGCAGUAUGCAUACUGUGCACAGUAUGCUAUGCAUUAAAUGGCCAAAGGAUGCCAUAAGUAAUAAUAAUGCAUUAUACAACCAGAGCACACUGUGAAGAAUACUGUAUCCCACAAUGCAGUGUGCACUUAACUUUACAUUUGCAGUAUGGCAAGUGUAUCAAUAUCAACCAUAUAUUUAUUCCACUGCCAAAUUGUACAAAUUAGGUGAACUUUUAUUUAUGAGGUAUCACAAACAUGCCGCAUUAUGAAGUCAUGUGAUAAAAAGCAUACAGUACAGUAUAUACUGCAGCUUUAUGAAGCAGUACACUACUCUACUCCAAACAAAAUCAUGCUUAUUAAAAGCUGACAGUCGAGUAAGAUUUUAAAUGGCACAUCCCAUCAUGCUAGUGCGGUCACACUAAAGACAGAUCCAAUUCACAUACUAUAUAGCAGUCAAAAUUAGAUUUGGUAUGUGCCAUAAUGUUUUCAAAUGUCUAUACUUUGCUAUAAAAGUAUGUACUGUUUUUGUUAUGGUAUAGUAUACGUUGACAAAUUGGGAUGCAGGCACACUUAUGUGAACACUAAACCACCCAGAAAGUAUUUCUAUAAAAGUGCACAUUUGCUAAAUGUCUUAAUAGGCUCUCAUACUGGUAUAUUUAAAGCUUUCUCAAUGUCUUUGUCUAUUAUUUGUGUAUUUAUUAUUUGAGCACAUCACAUUUAGAUUUUAAUAUCUGUGGUAUUGGCUUUACCCUUUAGCAGCAAUGCAUCUUUGUUCACCAACAAUCUUCAUGAAGUUUUUAAACGAGCAUCAGCUACGGGACUUUUUUGACAUUGUUUUACUUUUUAAUCUUCUAUUUAAAGAUAAUCAGUGUUUUGGGAAGACUCUUCAUUCGUCUUCACUCGUGCUAAUGUGAUGCCUAUGUAUUUAGCCUGUCAGCUCGGUCUUUCAUACCCGUUUAAAGCAGUCCAUCUGGUCAACUUCCUCACUGUGCAUUUUAAGAAGGACUCAGGAAUAUAAACGGGGAGGUCCAUGUGGAUGUGCCUUACAUGGUUGCAGACUACAUGCAAUAUGCUUGAAAUUACAUAACCACUUGUAUUUAUUGUCAUCGUCUGUACUGCAUGAAAAUUGCACAUUUCACAUUAUGUUAUCAUUAGAUUAUUAAAAUUGUACACUCGAGUCUCU